AUGAUAGAAGACAACGGUCAGAGCAUCUCACAGAAGAUAAAAGACAUUCGACGAAAACAUCUUCAAUUGUGUAAAGCCGUGGCAAUUCUGGAACAGGACAUUCAAUUCUUGAUUUCAGGAAACUACGUCUCCAAUAUCUUCCUCAUUUGCUUCAUUGUGUAUCAGCUGGUGACAUCAGGACCGUUGUCAGCGAUGGCAUACGUAGCAUUCUCCUCCUGGCUGGUGAUGAACGUGAUGGUCACGCUAACGGUUUCCAUCAUAGCAGCCCAAGUCAAUGAACAGGCACAUUCUCCUUUGGAACAUAUCUAUGAUGUAGAUAUGAAUGCAGCAUCUGCCUUUGAAUCGCUAGAGCUGCAGAUGUUCCUGUCAAAACUCAAUGGGCCUGCAAUAGGUUUCACGGCUAUGGGGUUUGUCACUGUUACUAAAGAGUUCAUACUAACGCUUGGAGGCAUCAUCCUGACCUACUUUUUUCUACUGAUUCAGUUCAAGGUAUGA